AUGACAGAUCAAAUAGAUGAAUCGAAUGAUUCAAACAUACUGAAUGAACUUGAAGGAAAAGCGGAUAUAUUGAAAAAAGACAUAAAUUUUCUAGGGGAAAAGGAAUCCCAAAGUUUUAAAUAUAAUGGUAUCCUUAAUAAUGAGCAAAAUAAUACUAAAAGAAUGGAUAAUUCUAACGAUGAAAACUUUGAAGAAAAUGAGGAAUACUUUUCAAACAUAAAUAAAAUUACGACUGAAUCAUUAGAUAAAAAAAAUAGUUUUUUAUCAGAUAUGAUAAUAGAUACCUCUUCUAUACAUGCACAUGGUGAUAUAGAAAAGAAUUCUGAUGUUAUGCUAAAUAAGAGUAGUAUUGUUUUAGAAAAAAAUGGUUUAAAAGAAGAGAAAAAUGAAGUAAGUAAGCAUUCUUCAUUUAAUAAAUCAAUUAGUAAAGGAAGUAUGAUGAGUCAAGAAAUUGGUGGAUAUGACAAUGCUACAUGUGACAGAAUUAGUUAUUCUAGAAAAUCCAGCAGUUUAAAUAGUGAAGGCCUGGAAAAUAAGAUUUCCAAUGAACCCAAACAAAUGAACUAUUCAAAUAUAACAGAAAGAGUAAUUAGGGAUAUAGGUAAUGAUACAAAUAGCCAAAACGAAAAUAAUGUUAUUGGGAAUAAAAAUAAUGAGAAACCAGAUAAAAAUGAUUUUUUUAAAAAAAAUAAAGCUUGCACAGACAUUAAGGAGCAAUCAAGUAAUAAUCUUUCAGAUAACAUAUAUUCUAAUCAAAAUAGUUUAAGUUUCAAAACAGAUCAAAAGAUGAAAGAUUUAACAGAAAAAAGGAGUAAUGUUGAGGAAAAUGAUGGAAUUUUGAAAAAAAAUGAAAAUGAUAAAAAAAAUAACAUUGAAGAUAAAUUUCAAAACAAAGGAAAAAUUAAUAAUAUAAAUGAUUAUUUAAACGAAAAAAGAAAUAGCCAAAAAAUUACUGUUUUUGUUGGUGAAAAAAUUCAAAAAGUAAAAGCUGAUUUUAAAUAUGGAGAAGAUACAAUACCUAAACUACAAGGUAAAACUGUGUAUGAAUCUCAAAAUAUAAAGGUAAGCAAUGCUGAUGCGAAAUCUGGUGAAAGAUUAAUUGAGAGAAAGCAAGAAAAAACAGUUUUUGAAGCUCAAAGAUGUGAAAAGAGUACAGCAGAUGCAAGAGCUUGUGAAAAGUUGGUUGAAAAAAAACCAGAAAAAACAGUUUUUGAAUCACAAAAAAGCGAAAAGAGUACAGCAGAUGCAAGAGCUUGUGAAAAGUUGGUUGAAAAAAAACCAGAAAAAACAGUUUUUGAAUCACAAAAAAGCGAAAA